GCAGCAAAUAAGGCUGAGUUUUCAAAUAUUUGGCUACAAAAAAAAAGUUAAAAUUGACUAGCGUUAGAAAUGUUUGAAAUAUUUAGCACACCCUAUGCGGACUCCAAACAACUGCCGUUGGCCAGUGGACCGGGUCCCAUUCUGAUCAUCAUCACCAGCUAUCUGUUGGUCGUCUUCAAAGCGGGCCGGAAGUUUAUGGAGCACCGAGAACCGUACAAUCUGCGGGGAGUGCUGAAGUACUACAACAUGGUCCAGAUCUGCUACAACAUGAUGAUGCUAUUGUCCGGCUACUACUUUCUUUUCGUGUUCCAGCCAUACAAAUUGAGCUGCAUGACUGUCCUGCCACAGGAUCAUCCUCUAAAGGAUUGGGAGCGCAGCAUUAGCUACGCCUACUACAUAAACAAGAUCGUGGACCUCCUGGACUCUGUCUUCUGUGUGCUGCGCAAGAAGUACGCGCAAAUAACGUUCCUACAUGUAUUCCAUCACGUGCUGAUGCCCACUGCAGGGUACGUGAUAAUCCGCUUCCAGGGCUACGGAGGUCAUCUCUUCCUCCUGUGCUCCUUCAAUGUCAUCGUGCACGUGUUCAUGUAUGGCUACUACUACUCGGCCAUUGGGGGCAAGACGGUGCGCUGGAAGCGGUACCUGACUCUCCUGCAAAUGAUGCAGUUCGUCCUAAUGUUUGGCCACUGUGCCUUCACCGCCACGCAGCCCGAGUGUAAGGCCUCGCAGGGCACCCUCUUCCUGGUCAGCUGCUCCGCUGCGGUUAUGUUCGUCAUGUUUGCCAACUUCUACGUUCAAUGCUAUAUGGGACAAAAGGAAAAGAAUAAUUAAUUUAAUGAAUGGCAUUUUCAAACUAUCAAAUGCAUCUA